AUGGUCGCCCCUACUCCCCAACUCAUCGAAGGUGUCGAAAUCAGAGCCCCCAUCCCUGAUAACGCCCGCCACAUCCUUACCAAGGACGCAAUUGCCUUCUUGGCCACCCUCCACAGAACCUUCAAUGCCCGCCGCAAGGAACUCCUCGCCAAGCGUGUUGUCCGCCAAAAGGAAAUCGAUGCUGGCAAGCUCCCUGAUUUCCUCCCUGAAACUAAGUACAUCCGUGAAGACCCCAACUGGAGAGCCGCUAAGCCCGCUCCAGGUCUUGAGGACCGUCGUGUUGAAAUCACCGGCCCUACCGACAGAAAGAUGGUCAUCAAUGCCCUCAAUGCUGACGUUUACACCUACAUGUCCGACUUUGAAGACUCUUCCGCUCCUACCUGGGACUCUAUGAUCCAGGGUCAGGUCAACCUCUACGACGCUGUCCGCAGAAACAUCUCCCUUAAGAUUGGCAGCAAGUCCUACGAGCUCAGCAACAAAAAGAAGCUCCCCACCCUUAUUGUCCGCCCCAGAGGCUGGCACCUUGAGGAGGCCCACUUCCUCGUUGAUGGUGAGGUCAUCUCUGGUGGUAUCUUUGACUUUGGUCUUUACUUUUACCACAAUGCCGUUGAGUCCACUGCCCGUGGCUUUGGCCCCUACUUUUACCUCCCCAAGAUGGAGUCUCACCUUGAGGCCCGUCUUUGGAACGACAUUUUCAACUUCUCCCAGGACUGGAUUAGCAUCCCCCGUGGUACCAUCAGAGGUACUGUUCUCAUUGAGACCAUUCUUGCCGUCUUUGAGAUGGACGAGAUCAUUUACGAGCUCAGAGACCACUCCUCCGGUCUUAACUGCGGCAGAUGGGAUUACAUCUUCUCCUUCAUUAAGAAGUUCCGCGCUCACCCUGACUUUGUCCUUCCUGACCGUGCUGACGUCACCAUGACUGUCCCCUUCAUGAGCUCCUACGUUAAGCUCCUCAUCAAGACUUGCCACAAGCGUGGUGUCCAUGCCAUGGGUGGUAUGGCUGCCCAGAUCCCCGUCAAGAAUGACGAGGCUGCCAACAAGGUCGCCAUGGAGGGCGUCUACAAGGACAAGCUUAGAGAGGCCCUUGCCGGCCACGACGGUACCUGGAUUGCCCACCCUCAACUCGCCCACAUUGCCCUUGAGGUCUUCAACAAGCACAUGCCCGGCCCCAACCAAAUGUACCGUCUCCGUGAGGACGUUGAGGUUACUGCCCGUGAUCUCAUCAACCCUUACAUUCCUGGCGGCAAGGUCACCGACGCUGGUAUCCGUAAGAACCUUUACAUUGGUCUUAACUACAUGGAGGCUUGGCUCCGUGGUGUUGGUGUUGUCCCCAUCAACUGGCUCAUGGAGGACGCUGCCACUGCUGAAGUUUCCCGUUCCCAGCUUAACCAGUGGGUUAAGCACGGUGUCAUCACUGCUGAGGGCACCAAGGUCACCCCUGACUACGUUGUCAGACUUCUUGAUGAGGAGACUAAGAAGAUUCUUGCUACUGCUCCCAAGGGCAACAAGUUUGUUGAGGCUGCCAACUACCUCAAGCCUGAGAUUACCAAUGAGUCGUACAGCGACUUUUUGACCACUCUUCUUUACGACAAGAUUGCCAAGGUCAGCUCUGUUGCCUCCAAGAUCUAA